CAACUUACGAUUCCCUACCCUGCCCUGAUGGCUACUGGGAGCCUUGCCCACAGCCCGCUGUACCAGAUCCUGGUCCGGGUGUCGGAGAACUAUGUUGGAAUGGAAAGAAAGCUGCAAAAGUAUUUCCAGAACCCAUCUAGGUCCGGGGGAGGCAAGUGCAAAGUCAAAGCUGGUCCCCGUGAAGGCACUUUCUGGGUAGAGUUUUAUAAAAGACAAGCCAAGGAAGGUGUGAUAGCAAAGGGAGAUCACUCUUUGGUGGUUGGUGCUGGAUCACAUGUGAACAUCUACCUAGAAACAAAUGAUGACCUAGGAGAUAACAUUUUGGAGCCAGACCAGCUUUCCUCUCAGACUCAGUCACUCCCAGAGGAAUUUCCAGAUGAGAAGCACCCAGAUGAAGGAGGUGCUGCUAGCGCCUCUGAUUCCUCCACUCCAAAGAUAUUUCUCCAGGUAAGGGCCCGGCUGAACUUCAAGCUUUCCAAAGAGCAAAGGGAGAAAAUCCUUAAGCUUUGCCCAAAUGUCAAAAUAGAGGGAGGCCAGGAUGGGCCUGAGAAAGUGAUUGGUGACUUUGAAGAUAUUAAAAAGAUUUACCAAUUCUUAAGUGAGAGGAUGCUGGAAAAUGACUCAGCCUCAGCAAGAGAAAAUGAACCAGUUACGCCAAAUGAUUGUGACAGUGCUACUGCUCAGACAAACCCAAAACGCAAAACAGAAGAGGAGUCAGAUGUCAUCUCAGUUCCUUCACGUUUGUAUGACUAUUUCAAAUAUUUCUUUGCUGAAACUCUGGACAGAAUACAAAGUGAGUAUCAAGUACGUAUCAAAGGUACUAUGUCAUAUACUACGGGCAAUGUGAGUUUAGACUUUGAGACAAAUAAGUCAUGGGACAGGAGAGCAGCUCAAGAAGCUUUUGCCAGAGCGUUUCAGAGGGAAGUAAAGAAUGUGAUCCAUAAGGAACUUCAUUUCGCAGAUCAUAAGCUGGUCCUUGAAGUCCAAAAAAUACUGGCUGACAUGUUUAAAAGCCUCCGUGUUAAAGCUGAAGGAAAACUCUUAGUCCUCUGUGGAAGCCCACAGGAUCUCUUAGGAGCUCAACAUUUCAUUGAAGCAAACUUCACCCGCAAACAACCUCUGGAAAUGAUGCUUUACCAAAACACAAUGAAGAAUGAAGUUGAGGUUGAUACUGUUUACUUGCGUCUUCUGCGCCAAGAAGUCAAAGACAUAGAGAAAACAUAUGACACUGUAAUGGAAUUGGUGAACAGACCCCAAAUUCGGAGAACACUAGUUAUAUUUAAGCCAAAACACAAAGAUAUCGACCUCUCUGCACAUGCUUAUGAAGAUUUCAUUGAGAUAUUUCAGAUGCUCUUAGCUGAGAUUGUCAAAGAGGUAGUUAUAUUGAAACCAUUAAACCAAGAGAAAAAGUGUCGACCUGAAAAGUCAUUCUUUGAAGAGUUUGAAAGAAAGCACCCCUAUGUAAACUUGGAGUGGUAUGAACAAGAGCUGACCUUGACUGGUUUGCCCAAGUACCUUGCAAAAGCUAUGAAAUAUGUUAAGAGACAUUUUAGUAUUGAAAUUCCUGCUCAGCAAAGAGAAGUUCCAGCUCUCUUCCUUGGAGAAAUUUGGGAUAGAGACCCCAAAUGCCCCUUGGCCAAAAAUGCUGCUGAUUUCAAGGCAACUUUAUCUCCCUUCAAUGAAUUGCCUAGCAGUGCUGACAUAGGAAUAGAGGAGGAGGAAGAAGAGGAGGAGGACGAAUGUGCCAUCUGUCUGGAUGUCAUUCAAGACAAAGAAGUCCUCUCAAAGUGCAAGCAUGUGUUCUGUGCCCCUUGUAUCAAAGAGGCCAUGAAACAUAGGCCAGUAUGCCCUGUAUGCCAGACUUCCUAUCAUAUUGUGAAAGGGAACCAGCCAGAUGGAACAAUGACAGCCUCUUACAGAACUUCUUCACUUCCAGGUUAUAAUUCCUGCGGCACUAUUGUGAUUCACUAUGACAUGAGGGGAGGCAUACAGACACAAGAUCAUCCCAACCCAGGGAGACGCUAUGAAGGAACAAGACGGGUGGCAUACUUGCCAAACAAUGAAGAAGGACGGCAGGUUUUGGUUCUCCUCAGAAGAGCCUUUGACCAAAGGCUGAUUUUCACAGUAGGACAGUCUCGAACAUCAGGAGCCAAUGAUGUGAUCACUUGGAAUGAUAUUCACCACAAAACUCUCCAAUUCGGUGGGCCUGAAAACUUUGGGUACCCUGAUCCCAACUAUCUGCAGCGAGUCAAGCUGGAGCUGAAGGCAAAAGGAAUUGAGUAAGAGUGCUGAAAGCUUCAAGGAUUCCUUGAGAACUGGGCUUGCAAAAGCUGUAGCUGUGGAAAGGAAUCAAAGUCAUCAUUAAAAUAUAUGUGUGUGUAGGCACCAUUUAGAGAAAAAGAAAUGAAUUUGAGAAGAACUUAGUUUGUUUAGGGAUGAAUGGGAUGAACUAUGAUCUGAUUAACCUGUCUAAUUUUUUGGAGAUUUUACUUCUUAUUAGACAAACUGAGAGCCUGGUAGGAAUGUAAACGUUCCUCUAGUGAGAACCCAAGGUUUAUCUCUCAGUCCUUUUCUGCCUGUCUCCACUUUGCUGUCACCAGAGAUGCUGGAGUUAAGGAAUCUUCCAUUGUACCACUUGCACAAGGUGAUGAUGGACCCUCAGGUCCAUUCACAUUAUUUGUGGUAAGCAGUUGGUGGCCUCAGAACUCACCAGUGCUAGCUCCCUUCUGACCGAAAUGGUAGCCAGGAACAUUAAAAAGAUUGGAAGAUAUCCUGAAGAAGAUUAGUCUCCAAAAACAUGAAUUCUUCACUUUAGAAAGAAGCUAUCCAUCUUUGGGACUCUGGCAAAUUUAAUGUAAAUUGAGAAGUGGGGAAAAGAUAUUUCUGUCUUCAAUUCCAGUGACUUACAAUCACUUUCAGGAUCAAAUAGAAAUG